AUGAGCUAUAAAUGGACAGACACUGAUGUGGAGAGACUCAUCCGACUACGGAUGAAAAACGGCGGCCUGUUCUCAGGCCGCCGUUUUGCAUCGGCGGCUGGAUGGGAGGCAGUGAUAAAGGAAAUGGGGCUGAGCCGCCUGAUCAGCCCUGCCAGAGCGGCCAAGAAGUGGGAGAAUUUGAAAAAGACCUACAAGUGCUGCUGCCAUCCGUCCACGCAGCUCCUGUCCACACAGCUCCUGUCCACACAGCUCCUGUCCACACAGCUCCUGUCCACACAGCUCCUGUCCACACAGCUCCUGUCCACACAGCUCCUGUCCACGCAGCUCCUGUCCACGCAGCUCCUGUCCACACAGCUCCUGUCCACACAGCUCCUGUCCACACAGCUCCUGUCCACACUGCUGAUCAGGCUGGUGCUGCUGAUGCUGGUCCUGCUCAUCAUCAGCUCCUGUCCACACAGCUCCUGUCCACGCAGCUCCUGUCCACACUGCUGA